CAACUAUUAGACUGUUUGUUUAAUCUAGUCUUACUUUCUUCAGCUGGAAAACCUCUCACUCAGUGCCCAAGAUGGGGAUACUCAAAGGGCUCAACAAUGUCGACUUGUCCCGAUACAGCAACUGGCACCUUGCUGGACUCACUAUCAUCGGCUUGUCUCUGCUUUUUACUAUACACUGUAUUGUUUCAGCUGUUUACCACAUCUUCCUUUCACCUUUACGAAAUGUUCCAGGUCCAAAAUUGUGGAUUGCGUUCCCAUCCCUUCAACAUAUCGUCUUUUUGCGAGGAGAUCUCGACAAAGCCCUACUGCAGUUGCACAACAAAUAUGGCCAUGUUGUUCGAAUAGGUCCUAGAGAGGUCAGCUUCAACAAUGCACAAGCGUGGCAAGAAAUCUAUGGACAUGGUCAAAACUUUGCCAAAGCCAACUUUUUCGAAGAACCGGAGGGACUGCCAGAUCAUCUGAUUUCUGCCAACCAAGCCGAUCACAGCAGAUACAGAAAGGCCAUGUCCAAUGCGUUCUCGGAAAAGUCCCUUCGUCUCCAGGAACCGUUGAUCAAAGUCCAUGUCGAUCUCUUCUUGAAGCGUCUCCGUGACCUCUCGGCACUCGGCGAGAAGGUAGAUAUGGUGAAAUGGCUCCAUCUCGUUACGUUUGACCUCAUCGGUGAUCUUGCUUUCGGCGAGCCCUUCGGAUGCCUUGAAAAAUCCGACGAAGGGAGUUUUGUGCGAGAUAUGUUCUACUUCAUCAAAGCAGGCGCGUACCUCAAGGUGAUACAGGAUUAUGCCCUUCUCAAACGGUUACUUUGGUUUCUGACCCCGAAACAUCUCGUUGAGGCACGUGCUGCGCAGCUGCACCUGGCACAUACUGUUUCAAUGAAGAGGAUGAACAACUCAGAGCAGCAAGGCCGUGGAGACUUCAUGGAUUCCAUGGUCGAACGACGUAACAAACCUGGCGGAUUGACAGACCUUGAGAUCAUGGUCAAUUCCAACAUCCUCAUCAGCGCUGGGGCCGAAACUUCCGCCACCACUAUUUCUGCCUCAAUAUUUUACCUGCUCAAGAACCCCACCGUCUUGGCCAAAGUCCAGCAAGAGGUCAGAUCUGCUUUCCAGAAUGCAGAAGAGAUUAAUUUCAUCACAUCCACGGCGAGAUUGCCUUACAUGAUUGCUAGCAUUACUGAAGCUAUGCGAAUGUUUCCUCCCUUGCCAGGCACACUUCCCCGUUUGACACCCGACAACAAGAUGACUACGCUAUCUGGUUAUGACAUACCGCCAAACGUUAUAGUUGGCGUCAAUCAAUGGUCCGCCAAUCGCGACGAGAGGAACUUCCAUAGGGCCAACGAAUUCAUUCCAGAAAGAUGGCUGAAGGAGAUCAACAAAGACCCCACAUCGCCGUUCUAUCAUGACCAGCGCGACGUGGCGCAGCCCUUCAGCGUGGGACCAAGAAACUGCAUAGGUCGCAACUUAGCCUACACCGAGACUCGGACCAUUCUAGCUCUUCUGCUGUUCGAGUUCGAUAUUGAGUUAUGUACCGAAAGCCAGAACUGGCAGGAUCAGAAGACGUGGUUCUGGUGGGAUAAGCAUAAGAUGUGGCUUCGGAUUUGUAGUAGAAAUGGGUAGUUAUAGUAGGGUGUCGCACAAUGGAGAGUCAUGGUGUUCGAUUUGGUUACACGUUUCUUGGCCUUGAAUCUCAUCCACCAAUGAUUUUUUAACAGGUUGUAUUCUUUGAUCAAAGAUUGCGAAUUCCCAGAACUUGAGUUAUAAAAAAACUCUAUAUAGAAC